AUGAGUUUGCCUGAGCCGCCGUCCUCCGUGGACAAUGGCUGCUCUGUUGUUCAUGACAACACCCUCUAUGUUUUUACACCCACAGCCUUUAUGUCUUUGUCCCUGGAAGAGGAUGCAGAAUGGAAGGAAAUGGAAAUGGGACAGCAGGUCACCGGAGGUGUAUGUGUUGGUACCGAUGCUGAGAUGUUUGUUGUUGGAGGCAAUGGUGGUCCUGCUGAUUACAACGGUCUGCAAAAAUUCAUCUUUGCAGACAAGAAGUGGGAAACCAUUUCCACUGAGAAUCAGGCGUUUCGAAACCUCCAGUUCCACGGCGCCGCCUUUAUCAAGAACGCGAACCGAAUCGUCGUGGCUGGUGGUAACUCAGAAGGCAGAGACACGCCUUCACAGAACACAUAUUACUUCGACCUUGCUAACCCCGUAAAUAUCCUGUCAGCCGCUGGCGCACCUCCCGUUGUCAGCCCUGCUGUUAUACCAUGGUCUGAUGAUGCUGCCUGCAUUCUAUGGGACAAGGAAGUCAGAACAUUCGCUUCUGACGGCUGGAUGAACAAUGGUGUCACUCUUAUGGAGGCCAUCCCUCCUUCCAGCAAAGCUCUUGUUCUAGCGGGAGAGGACGGUUCCAAGAGCCUUUACGUUUUCGACCUUGCAGCAAGCCCCAACAAGGUCCAUCGCUAUGCUGUUUGGGGAGACAACAACCAAGGUAUUCAAGGCGCUGUGGACCAGAACGCCAAGCGUGCCCUUUCCCUGAACGACUGGCCCGAGUAUAACUCAACACUGGCCCCUGCGAUAUCGCGAGCACAAGGACAGUACUCGGUUGCUCAGGAUGCCAACGGUAGAGUUGUCUUUGUUGGCGGCAACAACGAUGAACCUCUCGCAUUCUUCGACAUGAAGGAAAACUCCUGGCUUAAUGCUGUUGAUAUUGUGGGUGAGUCCCAGAAGAUUCUUUCAGCCGAGUCUUCCACAGCCACAACCAAGACCAAGACCAGCUCCACCAAGACAUCCUCAUCUGAGUCAUCCACAAAGACCAAGACGGCUACCUCAGACGCUUCGUCCACCUUUGCGACAUCCACUGCUUCAGCAUCAGAAACCGAGAGCCUUCUUGCCUCGGAGACAAUCUCCGAGUCCAGCUCUGCUACUGCUACUGAUGCUUCGGCCAUCGCUGGUGGAAGUAGCGAUAGUGACUCUGGCCUCAGCUCCAACGCUAUCUUGGGUAUUACUCUUGGUACGAUCCUUGGUUUCCUUGCCCUGCUUGUUGUCAUUCUCCUACUCUUGCGUCGCCACAAGAAGGCUCAGCAACAACCAUCCCCUGAGAAGGCCCAGCCUCGAAAUGAAUUCCCUCCUGACCAAAAGGACCCUAUGGGUCUUGGCGGUGCCCCUGUAUCACCUUUCCGUAACCACCACUCCAACAUGUCACAGGAAUCGUUCUCAUCUAUGACAAUCUUGAUGGGACAUACUGGCAAGAACAACAGCAAUGCUACUGCUGCUCCCAGGGAAAUGAACAACUUCGCUGAUGAGAAGGAAAUGGGAUUCGGUGCCGCCCCCGCCGCGCCUCGCUUCCCCAACCACAUGUCAACCAAUUCUCAAGAUUCUCGAUCUUCCAUGGCCAUCUUGAUGGGCCGUGCUGGCAAGAGCAAUGGCAACAACCGUAACUCUGUUGUUGGUGAUAACACGCAGUUCAAGUCGACAAUCGGCAAGCCAAUCUUGCAAGAGGCGCAAUAUCCAACCGUGCAAGGACAGGAUGCCAAGGGAGUUGCUUUUGACCCGACAGUCGCCGAGCCUCGAGCGCGUAACGGGCCUCUCGAAACCCAGGACGGACUCCGAAGAAGCUCAGGCUGGAACCGAUACUGGUCUGGCGGCAGUGCUCUUCAGAUUCUCGGUUUUGGCGGACCUCCUAAGAGGAACACCGUCAGCUCCGACACUGAUUCGCACUACUCAGAGCAACCAGGCUUCCGAAACCCCCGUGUUACACAGGACUCUGCUACCGUGCCCCCUCUUAAUUUUGAAUUCCGACCUGAGAUGAACCGGGUUAACUCCGGAAGCCCCGUCGUCUCAGAGUACAGCAAGAACAUUCCUUUCAGGGAUGGAGUUGCUGGCAAGAUCGAACGACCCAUCUCCAAGGCGUCUUCUGGCUACUCUAGCGGCAUUCCCGAGAGCGUCAACGAGACCUGGGAUCCCGAUCGUAAGGAUAAGCCAUGGGGUACCGACCGAGCGACCAGCAGCAUCUAUAACCCCAGCUUCUACUUCGGUCAGCCACUCUCACCCAGAGUCCCUCCUCCCCAAACACCCCCAACUGGCGUGAGCAGUCAGCCUCAACUCGCAAUGUCGGCACAGUCAUCCGACAUGAGUUGGUUGAACCUUGGUGACCGGGCUCGCCAGUAA